AUCACGAUUUAAAUAGUAGCACGGAUAUGGAUGCUAUCUAUAUCCGUGUUUGCCAGAAAGUUGUUGGUAUUUACCACGGGGCACGGACGUAUAAUAUAUACGAGAUAUUUACUAAUUUUAACAAUGAUUCAUAUUUUAUUGAUAACAACUUGUGCCGUUUAAAUGUUAAAUUUAAUUUUUAAUUUCGGACGGUACCGGUACACACUACACACUAAUCAGUAAUCACUAUACAGUUUCGGUAUUCACUAUCCACUACAAUUAUAUUGCUCAGUCCAAUCUAUAAUAUCUUUAUUCUAUGCUUUACAAUAAAAUUCAGACCGCAAAUUUCGUCGUUAUUACUUGCAUAAUUUAUCGCAAAAAAAAUAUUAUUUACUUUAAAAGACUAUUUGAAAAUAUUAAUAGUUAUCAAUCUACCUAUAUUGUCGUUCCGUGAAAAAAUUGUUUCCAUCAUCAUUUCGAUUUUCGAAUCAGAUAAGAAAUAAGACUUAAAACAAAACAAAUAUCUGAAAUUCAUAUCCAUGGAACUCGAAUCGGAAAUUGUCCAAGACAAAGUUAUUGAAGAAAUUGAUGUGUUCUUAUUUGAUAUGCCUGAAGAGUAUUCUUUAGGACAUUGUGUGGCUCAAGAUAUGCGAAUGAGUGCUGGUAUCGCCAUACAUUUCAAGCAAGUGUUUGGAAGAGUUGGUGAACUGAUGGACCAAAGACCUGAUGUUGGUACUGUAGCGUAUUUACAACAGAAUGAUCGAUAUAUUUACUAUUUAAUUACAAAAGAACGUAGUAACAAAAAACCAACAUAUGAUAGUAUAACUGCAGCCAUUAAAAAAUUACGUGAUUUUAUUGUAAAACAUGAUGUCAAAAAAUUAGCCAUCCCACGUAUUGGUUGUGGUUUAGACGGAUUAAAUUGGUCAAGAGUAAGAGGUAUUAUUGAAAAUGAAUUUCAAAACAUAGGAUGUACAAUUAAAGUUUGUCAUUUUACACAGAAUAAGACAAAAGAGUCAGAAUCACUCCAAGUUAAACAUCCAACUGCUGUAAAACUUCAUAAAAAUAUCAAAGAUAUAAGAAAGCGAGAAUUUGAAAAACUGAAUAUUAUAUUAUAUUCUCGAACAACUACUUUACCAAUAUAUUGGGAUCAACAUUUUCAAUCUGUCAAUGAAAAAUAUUGCUUCAAGUCAGAAUACUAUAGAGACUAUCAGAAAGACCGUGAAGUUGGACAAUGUUUAUACUACAACACUAUAGAAGCUUGUAUAUUUGUUAUAAUCACAAACGAAAAUACAUCAGAUCAUUUUUCAUAUCAAAACUUAGAAAAAGGACUCAUAAAAAUAAAAAUGUUGAUAGAGAAGGAUCAAUGGCACCCAACAUUCAUAAUACACACAAUGCGUAAUCGUUUAUUCGAAUAUCUCAUUAAUCAAAAAAUUGUAUCUUUAAUUUGUUCAGCAUUUUUAGACUUAACUCCAUGUGUAAUUCUUGAAAUAGAAAGUAGUAACUAGUAAUUUUUAAAUGUUUAAAUUAACAAAAUAUACUUUUGUUGAAAUUAAAAAUGACGGUUAAACUAAUUAUUACAUUUAUUUGAUUUUUAUUUAUAAUUUGAAUUUUGAGUUAAAUAUAAAAAUUUAAGACGAUGAA